CAAAAGCAAAACUAGCAAAAGCAAAACUAGCAAAAGCAAUCUUCUCUUGCAAGAGCAAUGAUGGGGUCACCACCAGAAGAAGUGAGGGUGCGUGAGGCUGUCAUCCAUCGAAGGGAGGGCGAGGAGCUUGGGAUCACACUGCGCAUCCACCCGGAUGGAUUUCUCGUUCAUGAAGUCAUCGACUGCUCUCCCGCUCACCGCGCCGGCAUCGCACCCGGAGAUCGGAUCAGGGCCAUCAACGGGCGAGCUACGCUCAAGUUGACACCAAGCAAGUUCAAAAAGUGCGUGGAAAAGGCUGGGUCUGUCGUGAGACUGCGCGUGGAUCGGGACACGCUCCCCUCCACCCGAGAAAUCAUCCUCCACAGGCACACCGACUGGAACUUCAAGCUCAAGUUCCAGACGGGCCAGCAUGGCAUUCAAAUCAAAUACAACGACGAUGUGCCAGCCGAUCAGAGGAUGGUCGGGGAGGACGAGGUUGUGCUGCGCAUCAACGAGCGGUCUGUGCGGCACUGCUCCUAUCGAGAGGUGCUCAACGCCAUGGUGUUGGCGGGAAACAAGAUCCACCUCCUCCUUCUGCGUGGCGUGCCUCCCGUCACGCAGAUCACCGUGCACCUGACCCGCACACACGUGCACGAGCCAUGGGGCCUCAACAUGCGCACUGUUGCGCCAGCGCCAGGCAUCUACGUGCAGAACACAGAGCCCCACUCCCCGGCUGCCGUCGCAGACCUGCGCACAGACGACCGCCUCCUCAUCAUCCCGCGCCUGAAACCGCGCAAGGAAUACGCCAUCGAGCAGCCUGCGACAGAGGACAUUGAUGUCACAUACGCAACGCAUGCAGAGGUGCAGCGCGCGCUCAAGGAAUGCCCGCUCCUCUCCAUUCGUAUCGUGGUCGCGCGUAUGGCCAUCCCACUCCCGCAAGAUUCCGCCAAGGCCAACAACAGCACCACCGCAGCCACAGCCACAGCCACAGUCACAAGCAUGGACGCGCUACACCAGCACGCCGCUUCAUCACCACAUCUCUCGCACCCGCAACACCAACUCUUCCCUGUUGCCCCCAUGUCUCCUCCUAUGGCGGUGGCGAAAGAGCCCAGUCACCACCGCCCACACGUGCGCCCGCCACAACGGCGCACGCACCACAGAAAGGACAGUCAAGGAUACGAGGUGAUGUCGCCACCAUCCAUGAUGCCAAGCAUCACGUUUGGCUUCCUGCAGACAUCGUCGCCCCGUUCGCCCGUCUACCAAGAGGCGUGUGACAUCGAUGGGUCCGACAGCAAGUCAAACGCCAGCAUCCUCAACAACGACGUGGCAGACAAGCACAUGCAGCAGAACCAACAGCCCGCGAAGGAGGGUGGUGAGCAAGAGCAGGCGGACAAAGCACGGGCACAAGGAGAUGAAGCUGAAGUCGUUGGUGGGGGUGAAAAUGGCGAUGGAGGGAAAGGAUCAAAGCGUGAGAACGACGCACCGGUCCCAGGAGCAAACAGCAGCAAAGGGGCAGGGGAGGAGGAGGAGAAACAAGGGCACAGCAACGGUACGCCGAAGGAAGCAGCUGCCGAGGCGCACGAGAGGAUGACGAAGACCAACACGAGGACUGAGGCGGUACUUAAACCUACGGGCGGGAACGGCGAAGAAGAGGACGACACGGAGUGCGCAUCCCUGUAUGAUCGAUACUUGGAGCUGAACAGGCAUGGCGUGUCGAAGGCGACGAAGACUCAGCUGUCGCACUCGCAAUCCCAGCCAGCGCUACCAGAGGUGACCCGGGGUGACGCGGACGCUUCCAAACACAAUGACAUCUCAACAGCGGCACAUCAGGCGACCGAGAGGAGAGACGAUGGCGAGCACGCAAGGAGAAACCGCCACGGCCAGCUGCAGGAGCCAACCUACCUGCCACCACAACUGCAGCUGCAGCAAGCGGCGGGCAUACCAACGGAGACGCAGUACGGAACGAGCGUAUUCGCGCACCUCUCUGCGAUUGACUCGUAUCCCGCCAAUGCAAAGAGGCGACACAAGAGGAAACACAAGAAGAAACACAAGAAGAGGCACGCCAAGGACCAUCUUCAUCACCACUUUGUUGGUUACCUCGACGACGAGCACCAGAGCAGCCGCCUCAUUCUCGACCACCAGCACCAGCAGCACGGACACGUGCACGGCCACCAACAGGCACAGUCACAACAACAAGAGUAUCACCGCCACCAUCAUCACCACCACAAAGACGCAUACCGCAAACGCAGGGCGGCGAGGUUGACAGACAAGCCACGGAUUGAAUCGCCCAUGCACGUGUCCCUGCCGUUUCGUCGCAGGAUCGGGCACAACCCCAGUCUGCACAACAACAUCAAUAUCAACGCCAACAACCAGAACACAACCACGACGCGUGCCGUUGUUCCUGACAUGGUCGAGAUUUACUGCCCGAGCCGGCAUGAAAUCUUCUAUCGCACAGGCCGCCCGUACUAGCGUGAGCGCCAUGAUAUUGCUGUGCAGUGCGCUUCACCCCUCACAUGUUUGUAUCGUGUGGCACACCCUUGUCAAUCGUCUUUGCAUUUUGCUGGUCGCCUGAAUGGGGGCAUUUGCUCUGUGUUAUGUUGUUCAGCACGUAUGGUUAACAUCUCUCUUUUACUGCGGGCUGGAGUCUUGUGUGCAAGGUUGUUGAAGGCGUGAUGGGAGCGACGGCUAUGAAGUGAAAAUGAACGAACAAUGGAACAAACAGCAC